AUGGGUGUCAAGGAGUUAUGGGGAGUUCUAACGCCCCAUUGUGAACGUAAACCUAUAAAUGAACUGCGUGGCAAGAAAGUGGCCAUUGAUCUGGCCGGCUGGGUGUGCGAAUCCCUGAAUGUGGUGGACUACUUUGUGCAUCCGAGGCAUCAUUUAAAAAAUCUCUUCUUCCGCACUUGCUAUUUGAUUUGGGAACAGGUCACCCCGGUUUUCGUUUUGGAGGGAGUGGCUCCCAAGCUCAAAAGCCAGGUGAUCGCCAAAAGGAAUGAACUCCAAUUCCGGGGAGUUAGGCCCAAGAAUUCCCCCGAGUGCAGCCAAAACCCAAAGCAGGCUCCCAAGGGGGACAAAGGACGCAGCCGGUUCAACCAUGUCCUUAAACAGUGCGAAACGCUUUUGCUCUCCAUGGGAAUCCAGUGCGUCCAGGGUCCUGGCGAAGCGGAGGCCUACUGCGCCUUUCUCAACAAACAUGGCCUAGUUGACGGCGUCAUCAGCCAGGAUUCGGAUUGCUUUGCCUAUGGAGCCAUUCGCGUCUAUCGCAACUUCUCCGUUUCCACCCAAGGAGCUCAGGCGGCUGCCGGCGGAGCUGUGGACAUCUACGACAUGCGGGAGAUCACAUCCCGCAUGGACUUUGGUCAGCACAAGAUCAUUGUGAUGGCCCUGCUCUGCGGCUGCGAUUAUUGUCCCGAUGGCAUAGGUGGAAUUGGAAAGGAUGGCGUCUUAAAGCUGUUUAACAAGUACAAGGAAACGGAGAUUCUGGACAAGCUUCGAAACUGGCGAGGGGAAACAAAUAAAUACAAUGCUUUGGAGAUCCGAGUGGAUGACAAAUCCAUUUGCAGCAAUUGUGGACACAUUGGCAAGACCAUGAGCCACACGAAAAGCGGAUGCAGUAUUUGCCGCACCCACAGAGGCUGCGAUGAAAGCCUUUGGAAAGAACAACGCUUGUCCAUCAAAGCUGAAUUGACGCUGCGUCGAAAAGCCUUACUAUCUCCCGAUUUUCCCAAUGAGGAGAUCAUUGCCGAGUUCCUCAGCGAUCCUGACAGCAUUCCCAACCUAAAUCUCAACUGGCGGCAACCAAAUCUGGUCAAGUUUAUCAAACAAAUAGGACAUCUGCUGCAAUGGCCUGAAAUCUACUGCUUCCAGAAGUUCUUUCCCAUUCUCACGCGCUGGCAGGUGCAGCAAUCGAAGCAGGAGAAGAUCCUAAUCGAACCCAUUGAGAUCAUCAAGAAGCGAACGGUGAAAGGAGUGCCCAGCAUGGAGUUGCGCUGGCACGAUCCCAGCGGCAGUUUCAAGGGCCUCAUUCCAGACCAGCAGAUUGCGGAGUUUGAAGCAGAGCAUCCUAAAGGUAUUGAAGAACUUUACUACACCAUUGAGCCUUUGGAUAUGCUGGAAAAAGCGUUUCCUGAUUUAGUAGCUGCCUUUUUAAAGUCCAAAGAGAAGCCCGCCAAGAAAACCACUCGAAAGAAGAAAACUCUGCCAGAAGAAGAGGAGGGUAAUAAGGAAAAUGAGCCAAAAACGAAGCCUAAAAGAGUUGUUAGAAAGAAGAAGCCUGCUCCCGAACAGAAUCAACCUUUAUUGCAGCAAUUCCUGGGACGUAAAAAGGAUGCUACUCCUGUGAAGGCUGCGGCUCCACAACGACAGCAAUGCUCCACGCCCAUUACCAAAUUCCUGCCUUCGGAUCUCGAAAGCGACUGUGAUGCUGUGGAGUUCGAUAUGUCGGAUAUAGUCAAGGGAAUUAUAUCAAAUCCUAGUAACAAGCCAACUCUCACCAAACACGAAGGUCACCAGCUGCAUUACGAACCGUUGGCAGAUGAUUUAAGUUUACGCCUGGCGCAGAUGAGUUUAGGAAACGAAAAAAAGACCCCUUCAUCCGACAACAAAAGGGACCUCUCACAAAUCGAGCAGUUACCACACAGUAAGCGCUUCUCCCUGGACGACAGCUUCGAUCUGCUGGUCAAGGGAGAUCUCAAGAAGCUACCCAGAACUCCCGUAGAGCGUUUCAAGAUGCAGCAUCGUCUCAGCGAAAAGAUUCCCACGCCAGUCAAGCCUCUGGCCAACAUAAGCUACUUUUUCCAUCAAAGUUCCGACAAUGCAGAUGCCUUUGAAGAGCUAAUGAACUCCAGUUUAGUGCCCCAAGAUCAAGGGGAAAAUGAAGAAGAGAAGGAAGAGCUGGAAGAUGAUGAUGACCUGGUGGUGAUUAGUGAUUAA